AUGUUGGAUCACCACAUAACGUUGUACUGGACUGGAGGUCCUUUCUUUAGCGGGCACCAGAACAAGAGCUUGUUGCAUCCUUGUUCUGUACCGGUUGACUCUAAAAUUCUGGUCGAAGGCUCCUACCUUGAAGGCGAUUCAGAUCCUAGAGCUCCAGCUCCAAAGCCCUCUUCAGUCCUGAGAUCGAAACCAGGUUUCAGAUCUGCCCUGGGAGUUGUCGCCAUCAUCAGUUUCAGUUGGGAAGCCAACAGUUAUGGGUACCAUGGGGAUGAUGGACUGCUUUACCGAGGACAAGGAAAGGGAGAAACCUUUGGCCCAACUUUUACAUCUGGUGAUACAGUUGGUGGUGGGAUAAACUAUGCUUCACAAGAGUUCUUUUUCACUAAAAACGGAAAACUAGUUGGAACGGUGUACAAGGACGUUAAGGGUCCGUUGUUUCCUACAAUUUCUGUCCACAGCCAAAAUGAAGAGGUGAAUGUCAACUUUGGGCAGCAACCAUUUGUUUUUGAUGUUGAGGCUUUUGUACAGGAGGAAAGAAUGAAGCAGCAGAUGAUUAUUGAGAAAAUAUCACUGCCUCCUAACAUUAGUCAUUGUAUCAUUCGCUCCUACUUUCUACACUACGGGUAUCAAGAUACACUCAAUUCAUUUGAUUUCGCUAGUAGAAGUACACUCCCUCCUAUUCCUGUUGUUCAAGAAAAUGGCAUUAAUGAGCAAGGAGAUACAUAUGCAUUAAGGCACAGAAAGAUUCUUCGUCAGCUUAUCAGGAGUGGAGAGCUUGAUUCUGUGUUUGGUAAACUUCGAGAUUGGUAUCCUCAGAUUGUACAGAAUGAAUCAUCCACUAUUUGCUUUCUACUUCAUUGUCAGAAAUUUAUUGAACUUGUUCGGGUUAGUGACCUUGAGGAUGCUGUGAUAUAUGCUAGGGCUGAACUGGCAAGAUUUUUUGGGAUUACAACAGUAGCAGGUCUACUUCAGGACUGCAUUGCUUUGCUGGCGUAUGAAGAACCCAUGAAAUCGCCUGUUGGGUAUCUCCUUGAUGUUUCCCAGAGAGAAGUUGUGGCGGAUGCAGUCAACGCUAUGGUAUUGUCCACGAAUCCCAACAUGAAAGAUUCACCGAGCUAUUUACAAUCAUAUCUUGAGAGGUUGUUGAGGCAGCUGGCUGCUUGUUGCUUGGAGAGAAGGUCGUUGCAUGGGGAUCAAGGAGAGACAUUCCAUCUGCAGAGAGUUCUGCAGAGCGGGAAUGAGGGGAAACGAUAACACCUAUAUUUGCACUUUGCCCCUGAACCUCCCUUGUUCCAAUGACCUACUCUUAUCUUCAGAUGGCAUUACUUGUAUUGGUCAAAUUGCUUCAGCUCUGGGCGUACUGGUUGUAGAGGCAUUUGGUAUUUAGGUAGCUUACAUUUCACAGAAAAUAAUAACUGAUUUACAGGGGGGGGGUGGGGAAGGGGGAGAUGGGGUGGUUCUCUAUGAUUGUAAGAAUUCUUAGGGGAGUGGAGCAUGUUCCUGUAAGUCUGUAGCCUGUGAAACAGUCCUUGAAAAUUCUCUUUGAACUAAAAGGUGACAUUGAAGAAAUUAAGUGGCCAAGAGAUUCCAUUGAUUGUUUUCA